AACAUUUUUUGAACUGAAUUCUUCCAUAUUUUUCUCCAUUGAUUUCAAAAUCUAUCAAUUCUCUUCUCCAUUUCUUCCCAAGCAUCAUCAAAUUGGAAGCAAAAAAAAAAACCCAGAUGCUACAAUGAGUGCAGUUAAUAUCUGAGCAAGGGAGAAGGUUAAAAUGGUAAAGUUGACUAUGCUUGCGCGUGUCACUGAUGGAUUACCGCUUGCUGAAGGAUUGGAUGAUGGCCGUGAUGUGACAGAUAUUGAAUUGUAUAAACACCAAGUAAAAGCUCUGUUUAAGAAUCUUGCAACGGGGCAAAAUGAGCCGUCUAGGAUGUCGAUUGAAUCCGGCUCUUAUGUCUUCCAUUAUAUCAUUGAAGGACGUGUUUGUUACCUCACAAUGUGUGAUCGUUCGUAUCCUAAAAAGCUAGCAUUUCAAUAUUUGGAAGACCUCAAGAAUGAAUUUGUGCGUGUUAAUGGGGCUCAAAUUGAAACUGCUGCUAGACCAUAUGCUUUUGUUAAAUUUGAUACUUUCAUACAGAAAACAAAGAAACUGUACCAGGACACCCGUACUCAGCGGAAUAUUGCAAAAUUGAAUGAUGAACUGUAUGAAGUUCACCAAAUAAUGACUCGGAAUGUGCAGGAUGUACUCGGUGUUGGUGAAAAGUUAGAUCAGGUCAGUGAAAUGUCCAGUCGGCUAACCUCAGAAUCUAGGAUAUAUGCUGACAAGGCAAGAGAUUUGAAUCGGCAGGCAUUAAUUAGAAAGUGGGCUCCUGUUGCUAUUGUGUUAGGAGUUGUGUUCCUCCUUUUUUGGGUUAGAACGAAGAUAUGGUGAUCCAAUUGCUUUUGGGUUAGAAAAAAGAUAUUACUGGGUUUCUCUACUUUGCUGUCAGUUACAUAAUUGUUCGAAAUCGAUGCACACAGAGACUUGCUCAUGUUUGAAGCUGGGAUAGUCGCGCGGCUUGUUCUUCAAGUACUUGCCAACAACUGUGAAAUUGUGAAUGAGAGAGGCCCUUCGGUUUAUAGAAUAUGUUGGAUACAAGAAAAUUUAUGUAUUUGAAGAUGCUUAAUUAAUCUAGAUGUAAUCUACAAUUAUUACAUUUAUAUAUUCCUAGCUACAACUACAAUUGAUCA